CCGGAAGGAGGGUCGCAGGCACCGGCUGGAGCAGAAGUCCAGGGUCCCGGCCGGUGCGGGCGCGGGGGGGUGCCGAGGCCAGGGCGGCUGCAUUCCCGCAGCUGCCUCCAUGUCAGGGUCACCCUGGGCCGCUCUCCACACCUCUCUGGAAAGCAGCCUUCCUCCUCUCCUUUUUUCUCGCUCGCCCUCCCUCCGCCGUGGGACUGGCCUGAGGUCCGAGGAGAGGCCGGUGCAGGCCCCAGCACUUCUUGCCUCGCUCCUUCUCCCCACUUUCAUACUCCAUGUCGGCCCUGUCAUUAACCCGUUCCCUUCUACACUGGACCGCUGAGUUUGAAUUUUCCAGACGAUCAAGUCGUGAUCUUAAGAUCUGAAGCAGGAAUCAGGUCUGUGGGGGGGAGGCCGCAGUGAGAGCCAAUGCCCACGAAAAUGGAGAGGGUCCCGGGAGCCCUGGGCAGUCCUGAGCUCUGGGAUGGAGCCUGAGACAGUGCUGUGGGGCCCAGAUCUACAGGGCCCUGAACAGAGCCCCAGCGAUGCUCAGCGAGGUGCCGAGAGUGGGAACGAAGAGGAGAGCCCUCGGCAGGAAAGUUCUGGGGAGGAGGUCAUCUUGGGAGAUCCAGCUCAGAGUCCAGAAUUCAAGGACCCACCAGAGAUGCCCCUGGAGACACCCUCCCAGGAUCCCUCAGCUCCCCGGGACUCUCCAUCCCCGCUGAGUCACUCCAGCCCUUUGGACCGACAGACCCCUGUGGACCCUCCAGCCCCCGAGGUAGUGCCGACCCCGUCGGACUGGACCAAGGCCUGUGAGGCCAGUUGGCAGUGGGGGACGCUGACCCCCUGGAACAGCCCCCCGGUGGUCCCAGCCAGUGAGCCGAGCCUGCGGGAGCUGGUGCAGGGCCGCCCAUCUGGGGCGGAGAAGCCCUACAUCUGCAAUGAGUGUGGCAAGAGCUUCAGCCAGUGGUCCAAGCUGCUGCGGCACCAGCGCAUCCACACGGGCGAGCGGCCCAACACCUGCUCUGAGUGCGGCAAGAGCUUCACGCAGAGCUCGCACCUGGUGCAGCACCAGCGCACACACACGGGCGAGAAGCCCUACAAGUGCCCCGACUGCGGCAAGUGCUUUAGCUGGAGCUCCAACCUGGUGCAGCACCAGCGCACGCACACGGGUGAGAAGCCCUACAAGUGCACCGAGUGCGAGAAGGCCUUCACCCAGAGCACCAACCUCAUCAAGCACCAGCGCUCGCACACGGGCGAGAAGCCGUACAAGUGCGGCGAGUGCCGGCGGGCAUUCUACCGCAGCUCGGACCUCAUCCAGCACCAGGCCACCCACACGGGCGAGAAGCCCUACAAGUGCCCCGAGUGCGGCAAGCGCUUCGGCCAGAACCACAACCUCCUCAAGCACCAGAAGAUCCACGCCGGCGAGAAGCCGUACCGCUGCACCGAGUGCGGCAAGAGCUUCAUCCAGAGCUCCGAGCUGACCCAGCACCAGCGCACGCACACCGGCGAGAAGCCCUACGAGUGCCUCGAGUGCGGCAAGAGCUUCGGCCACAGCUCCACCCUCAUCAAGCACCAGCGGACUCACCUACGCGAGGACCCCUUCAAGUGCCCGGUGUGCGGCAAGACCUUCACGCUGAGCGCCACGCUGCUGCGGCACCAGCGCACGCACACGGGCGAGCGGCCCUACAAGUGCCCCGAGUGCGGCAAGAGCUUCAGCGUCAGCUCCAACCUCAUCAACCACCAGCGCAUCCACCGCGGCGAGCGGCCCUACAUCUGCGCCGACUGCGGCAAGAGCUUCAUCAUGAGCUCCACCCUCAUCCGCCACCAGCGCAUCCACACGGGCGAGAAGCCCUACAAGUGCUCCGACUGCGGCAAGAGCUUCAUCCGCAGCUCCCACCUCAUCCAGCACCGGCGCACGCACACGGGCGAGAAGCCCUACAAGUGCCCCGAGUGCGGCAAGAGCUUCAGCCAGAGCUCCAACCUCAUCACGCACGUGCGCACCCACAUGGACGAGAACCUCUUCGUGUGCUCCGACUGCGGUAAGGCCUUCUUGGAGGCGCACGAGCUGGAGCAGCAUCGGGUGAUCCACGAAAGGGGCAAGACCCCGGCCCGAAGAGCUCAGGGUGACAGUCUGCUGGGGCUCGGGGACCCUGCCCUGCUGACCCCACCCCCUGGAGCCAAGCCACACAAGUGUCUCGUAUGUGGAAAGGGGUUCAACGACGAGGGCAUCUUCAUGCAGCAUCAGAGGAUCCAUAUUGGAGAAAACCCCUAUAAAAAUUCCGACGGCCUCCCCGCCCACCCAGCCCCUAAGCCGCCUCAGUUCCGUUCUCCCAGGCUCCCUUUUGGAGGGAAUUCCUAUCCAGGUGCUGCAGAGGGCAGAGCUGAGCCCUCUGGACAGGCCUUCAAAAUGCCUGAAGGGCAGGAGAGCUUCAGCCAAAGGCUGGGGCUCCUCUCCUCCAAGUCCUACAUCUGUUCCCACUGCGGAGAGAGCUUUCUGGAUCGGGCGGUGCUGCUCCAACAUCAGCUCACCCACGGCAGCGAAAAGCCCUUUCUCUUUCCUGAUUAUAGGAUUGGUGUAGGGGAAGGGGCAGGGCCCAGCCCCUUCCUAAGUGGAAAGCCCUUUAAAUGCCCUGAAUGCAAAAAAAGCUUUGCCCUCAGCUCCGAGCUGCUGCUACACCAGAAAGUCCACGCAGGCGGGAAACCCCAGAAGAAUCCGGAGCUGGGGAAGAGCUCGUCCGUCCUCCUGGAGCACCUCAGGAGCCCACUGGGGGCCAGACCCUACAGCUGCUCAGAUUGUGGGGCCUCCUUCCAGGAUCGCCUUGCCCUCAUCCGGCACCAGGAGACCCACACCCAAGAAAAGUCCCCCGGACCCGAGGACCCCCUCCCAGUGCCAGCCCCCUUGUCCACAAGCCAGGAAGGGGAGGGAGAGGCCCCUGCCCCCACAGGGAGCAGCAGCAGCCAGGAGGAUGGGGAAGGCCCCAAAACGCUCUUGGGAGAAAAGCCCUAUUUGUGCCCCGAGUGUGGAGAUGGCUUCACAGAAGUCGCAGCCCUCCUUCUGCAUAGGAGCUGUCACCCAGGGGUCACCCUGUGAAAUGGGUCUGGAGACCAGGGGGCCUCUCUCUCCUGAGAGGAACUCUGGAUCGCCCCAAAAAUUAUGUGGGGAAAGGAGGAAAACCCUAUCAGAUUGUAGAGAAGCAGAGGAGGAAGAACCAUGGGUAAAAAAUAGUGACGAGAAACCCUUUUAAAUUGUUGGUGGGAACCACUUAUAAGGCAGUAGAGAAAAACUGUUGGGUUAGAAACCCUAUAAAUAUGUAGGAAAAAAAAAGCCCUUUUAAGUCUGUAGCAGAAAAACCCUAUAAACCAUAGUGGAUAAAAGCCCUAUUAAUUGUAGGAAGAGGCCCCAAUAUGUCUCUAGACAACCUUCUAAAACUGUAUCGAAACCCUUGUGAAACUCUAGGGUCGGCGAAGUGCAGGGGAAUCCCACAGUGGCCUUGACCUGGGAGGAGUGACCCUUAGAAGGUAGAGAAGAAUCUCCCAUGAACUUGCUCCGCACGUUCCCUCCCCCUGGAGGGUGGGUGGGUGCGUCUCUCCUAGAGCCUGGGAUAUUAUUGCCUGGGGUAAUUACACUGCUCAGCCGGGGAGGAAGGAGUGUGGGCAUCGUGUGGAACCAGAAAAGGAAAGGCAGAGGGAGGAGAAAUGAUCCAGGAACUAGGAAGAGGAAAGUCAGGCUCGUGGCCCCGGGUUACCAGGGCACUCUCAGAUGCCAUUGUGUGUGAGGGGAGAGGCCCUCCGUGUGAGUUCCUGAUGAGAAAGAACCCGAACACGGGGGCGGAAGAAAAUGUCAGGUCUUUUUGAAGGCUGGAGUUCAUAAAGGAGCAUAAAGGCAAGGCGUGUGUGAGAACACGAGGGAACCACCACCAAAAUCAGGACAAGUAGUGUGCUGAGGAAAGUGGAGGUGGGGAGACGUUGCAACGGAACCCAGUAAACCCAGGCUGCCUGGUCCUCCAGGAGCUUGUUAAAUUGCAAGUACAAGCAGAUCCCAGCUCAGGCCACCGGGGUUCCCCCCUGCCCGGCCCUCAGCCAGGCAGGACCCCCCUCCCCCAGCCAAGCUGGGGACAUCUCCUCUGACAGGCCCCCAGGGAUGGAGGGCCCCUCCUGCCUUGUUCUCAGGUCUCACUGUCAGGAGGCGUCUCCUGCCACCUGCCACCAGUCCUGCUGCAGUGGCAGCCCGUUUCCUCGAUUUCUGUCCACAGUCGGAGAGGGAGAAGCGCUGCUAGUCGACCUCCAAAGAAUAAAGCCCUGCGGAGACUCAGCCUGUGUGUGGUGUAAUCCUCCCCAGACGUCUCACGUCAAGACAGCCCAGUGUGGCUUCUCUGUGGCAAUGAGGGCCAGCGAGUUGACAGGUCAGAGCUUUGGUUGGCCAGCAGCAAGCCGAUUUGAAACCUUUCACCUCAGCUGUUAGCAAGGCUGCCAGCAGGCCAGGCCAGCCUGCAUGUCGUGUGGGGUGUCGGGAACACCCCACAAACUGGACUGUGGUUCCCCAGAGAGUACACGGAGGCCUCUGAGGUUGUAACAAGCCAGCCCGCUGGCCGAUUGGGAAAGGAACAUACCCCACCCACUUGGCUCCUCCUUGGCCAGAAACCUCCCGAGGGAAACAGAAGGAUGAGAAACACCCUCCUUGGCCAGGCUGCUCUCCUGGCCUCACACAGCACACACGGUGACAUACUUUCAUUAUCCCAGCCAGACCCACUCACGUGGCUGGGAGUGUGUGGCAGGGAGAGACUGCUGUCCUCUAAAAUGGCUGAAGAGAGAGAACUCUUGAAAUGUUCAUAACAAGAACCCCACCCCCUAACCCUGGAGAAGGCGAGGGCUCCGUCCAGCGCUGGGUCCAGUGGAAGCGCCCACAGCCUGCCCAGCAACGCACUGUGGUCCUGGAGUAAGAACUGCGACACCAGGUGAGGUGGCCUUUCAAGUGUCACGUCCCUGGAGAGGGUGACCCAGCUUCUGACAAACCUGUGGAAGAGACCUGAUUCCACUACCUGAGUGUUCAGAAGGUGAAAUGCCUUCACCCUUCAUCUGUCCUGUCCCCAGAGGGAUGAUUCUCACAUAUCAGAGCUGGAAAUCCAGAACACGGUGGGAGGAAGAAGCUCGGCCUGCUGGGGAGAAGGCAACGGCAGGCCUGGGAUGACUGUGGGGAGACCCUUCUUGACAGCUGCAUAAAGUCCCCACCCCACCCAAGUGCCAGGUCGGAAAGCACUGCCGAGAGGGGCGAAGCAGCCUGCCCGCCUCUGCUUGACAGAGUCACCCAAUGGGGUGUUCUGCUGAGCCUGAGGAAGAGGGGAUGAGUCCCCAGGCAGGUUUCUUCCCUCUACGAUGGUAGCAGAAACUUCAGUUGUGGAGACAAACACCUUGUGAUGAAGCCAGAAGCAGAUCCCCUUGGAAACAGGUCUGGGAAUCUGUCUCUAGGAAAGUCCUGGGGAGCAGCCUUUGGGGCUCUGGAGCCAGUGCUGGGGGGAGAUGGGUCUGUAAGUUCAAAGGCUCAUGGGAGGCCUAUUGAGGACUAGGGUGUAGCAUACAUAGUAGGAUGCUCGCAUGUUGUAGGGAUGGGCGAGGGCCAGGGGUCUUGGCUCCGGUACAGAGUGGAUGAUGUGGACACAAUUAGUUGGGGUCUGGGGUUUCAUAGCAUGAAAGGGGGCAGGGUCGGAGACUCCUGGGUGUGACCUGUUCGCUGUUGGCCAACUCCGCAAACUCCCUUAGCCUGGUGCUUCCCUCCCAGAGCAACCUCUCUGCUGGGAGGAUCUAAGCAGGGAGCAGGCUGGGGGAGGUGGCGGUGUCCAGAGUCCCCAGCUCAGGCCAAGGCCCAGGGGUUGUGGCACUUUCCCACCAGAACUGAAUCUGGAAAGCAGAGUGUAGGCAAGCCCUCUUGUCCAACUCCAUGCAGGCCUGACUCUUCACAAGUGCCUGGUGGAGGAACCCAACGCAGGGUCACAGUGUCAUUGGUGAAAGCUGAGGGGAGAAUAGAAACUGAUCUGAGCUUUAGGGUGAAACUUGAAACUGCUAUGGAUAUGGAGGUCAGAUGGGAGCUUGAGAGAAUGGGGCCUGAAUCCUGAAGGGUGGGGAAACCUGAAACCAUCACAACCAAAAGGUGGGGUUCCAUGACACCCCGCCCCUGAGGGGAGUGGCCCCAGACUCCUUUGUCUCCAUUAGGGAAGCCCCACUCCCCUGACUUGUCCCCCUGGAGUGAAGAGAGACCCCCACUUUGAGUGUUGUGUGUCAAUAACAGUGUUGUGUCCGGUGGUCAUGUUGAUUAGUUGAAGAGAAUAAAGGGAAUCAGACGUC